UACACUGUAAACAUUAGUAACAAAGUUGGCAGAGUGAAUAGUGAGAAUGUGGGAGAAGUAUAAGAUUGAUAACCCUAUAAUUAAAAAUAAUUUAGUGUAUAUAUUGGAACAAUGUGUUCCGGGGCUAAAAAUAUAAGGAUAAAAUUUUGGUUUAUUUUAUUACUGAUCGCUGGGGAAUUUGUUCGUUGUAUUAACAUCACUUUGGCUCCCAAGGAAUUACGCUGCUUCACUUCCUACGCUUCCAAAGGAGAUAAGAUCAUCGGGUCUGUUGGUGUGGUACCGGCGGAUUCGAUGGCUGAGGUGAAUUUAUACAAAGUUGAGAGUAACUUAAUACAUAACCAAAGGGAUAAUCCUAUACCAUCGCUCGAUUUCUCAAAUCUUAAUUUUAACGUGUUGGAGAAUAGUUUUUAUUCGUUGUGUGUGACGAAUCAUCAUUCGGACUAUGUGACGUUUGUGAUAUCAUUUAGAGUUGAAACCAUUUCCAAUAAAGGAAUGUCCUCACUUUCAACCGUUGAAGACCUCAAAGGCGUUAUCACCUACGCAGAACGACUUCUCACUUCCACUAGGGAGAUAAUGGAGCGUAUGGAGGCGUAUAGUACGCGUGAGUAUUUGUUGUCGAAGAUAAUAAAUAAGAUGAACUCGCGUAUUAUUACUUGGUCAAUUGUUCAAAUGAUCGUCGUUAUCGGGCUCUGCUGCUAUCAAAUCUACCACAUCUCCUCCUUCUUCGAAGUUAAAUCUUUCGUAUAAUAUACUCACAUUUUACACACAUUUUACAGUUAUUCUUUUAGCAGCAAAUAAGAGAGGAAAAUUUAUUUAUCGCA